AUGUCGGUAAACAAACCUCAAGCCCACGUUGGAACCCACCGAAACCGCGCAAAUCGUUCCACAUGGGGAUUCGAAGACACACGGUACUCUGUCAAUGCGGCGGGGAAUCUGGAGAUUAGCGGCUCUCGCUACUGCACCAGCGGACAAGAGCUGCCGUCACUCUUCCUGUGGGCCAAAUCGGCCUUAGGAUUGAAGGACGAUACUUUUGCCGUGCCGCAACCCUCUCUCUACCCACCCCGCCUCUUGCCAGCGACCAUAAAUGAAGACUUCAUCAAGAGGGUUACGGCAGAGGUCCUUCAGGAUAAGGAGCAAUUGAGCCAAGAAAAAACCGUCCGGAUUCGUCAUGGGCACGGUCAAACUCAGCAAGAGAUCUACGGCCUCAAUUUCAGCUCUAAAACCGUGGGUAGAGUACCUGAUGUCGUGGUAUUCCCCGCCGGAGUGGAGGAGGUAUGGCGACUGGUACAGCUUGCUACCGAGUGUGAUGUUUGCAUGAUUCCGUUCGGUGGAGGCACAAACGUGAGCCAGGCGCUCCGAUGUCCCGCCACCGAAGCUCGCAUGAUAAUCUCAGUCGACAUGCAGCGCAUGGCCCGCAUACGAUGGGUGGACAAAGUCAAUCGACUCGCAUGCAUUGAGGCUGGAGCGGUGGGUCAAGUGAUUGAGCAUAAUCUAGGGGAAAAGGGUUUCUGUCUUGGCCACGAACCGGACAGCAUCGAGUUCUCGACUCUGGGGGGAUGGAUUGCAACGAAGGCAAGCGGGAUGAAGCGCUUGCGCUAUGGCAACAUCGAAGACCUUGUCAUGGACGUCGAGGCUGUCACUGCAGCAGGUGUAUGGCCAUUUGCUCCGGCGCUCGUGCCUCGAGACUCCGUUGGUGCCAACCCUAAGCAUUUGUUGUUUGGGUCGGAAGGCACAACCGCUAUCAUCACCGCAGCGAUCGUCAAGCUGCAGCCGCUUCCUUCUGUGCGAACGUAUGACUGCCUCUUGUUUUCCUCCUUCGAGACAGGAGUACAAUUCAUGCAGGCCAUGAGCCAAGCAAGUCGCCAUGUUCAACCAGCGAGCCUUCGCCUGGUCGAUUCCGCGCAGCUGCAGCUAAGCCAAGCUUUGCGGCCUCGGCCUGGACGAGCUGGCCAGGUGAAACAGCGGUUGCAAACGGCUUAUCUGCAAUACGUUCAGCGCUUUAAGUUCUCCGAGACAGUCGCUUGUACCUUACUCUUCGAGGAAACAUUGGAGGAAAUCCGUUCUCAACAGCGUCUUGUGCACAAAACUUCUCGAUCUUUCCAUGGACUGCACGCUGGCACCCAGAGUGGCCGACAUGGUUACGAGCUCACCUUUUCCAUUGCGUAUCUGCGCGACUUUAUCAUGCGUUACGGCAUCUUCGGUGAAUCGUUUGAGACUUCCUGUCCUUGGACCAAAGUGAAUGCGCUGCGGAGGCAAGUCCGCGAAAGGGUGGCGAAGGAGCACCGUGUCCGUGAUUUGCCUGGCCGUCCUUUUCUAUCCUGCCGCAUCAGCCAGGUCUACGAGACCGGAGCCACGGUGUACUUCUAUCUGGGCUUAUACAUGGUAGACGUCAAAGACCCAUCGGGGGUGUAUGCAGAGAUUGAAGCGGCUGCUCGCGACGAGAUCCUGAAAUGUGGAGGGUCCCUGUCACAUCACCAUGGAGUUGGAAAACUCCGCCAGCGAUUUCUGCGUCGUGCGGUGACUGAUAUGAGCUUGACGUUGAAUGCGAAGAUCAAGAGAGAGAUAGACCCAGGAAAUAUCUUUGGAUGUGGGAAUCUGUUAACGACAUCGAAUGAUGUACUGUGUCUUGAUAAUGGAGUGUGAUAGGCGGUAUGUUGUUUCUCUUUUGCGGUGGAAGUGUGGCUUCUUGUUGUGC